AUGAAAAUAUCCAAUUCCUUCCUCCUUUUGAGUGCUGUUGCCUCUGGUAUACUUCAAGCUGCUUCUCUUGACGUUCUAGUCACUACCACUCAGUCCGAAACUGGCGCUACUGACAAGCUUUGCAUUGCUAUUGAUAGUUGUAGAUACUACUGUGCCAAUUUCGCUGCGAUGCCUAAGUCCUUGAACAAGCCGUUCAAUCCACUUUGCUCCUCUGUAUCUUAUCCUGGGUCUUUUGCGGUCUCUGGUGCUCCUAAUGCUCCUGGCAUCUCUGUUGCCGGGAAAAGUAUCAGCUGUGUCAAGAAGACCGAGUCGGGUACUAGCAUAAUUAAUCGCGAGUUUGUCUGUAGCUAUAUUUCUCCUGCUACUUGUAACAGCAAUCCAGCCAUCUUUGGAAAGAACAAGAAGGAGGGCGCCUUGAAUGACUGUUGUAAGACUACCAAGGACUGCUUGGGCGACUGUAUCAAUGGCAAAUGUGGUGCUCCUCCUGCUACUUGUAACAGCAAUCCAGCCAUCUUUGGAAAGAACAAGAAGGAAGGUGCCUUGAAUGACUGCUGCAAGACCUCCAAGGACUGCUUGGGCGAUUGUAUCGAUGGCAAAUGUGGUGCUCCUCCUGCUACUUGUAACAGCAAUCCAGCCAUCUUUGGAAAGAACAAGAAGGAAGGUUCCUUGAAUGACUGUUGCAAGACUACCAAGGACUGCUUGGGCGACUGUAUCGAUGGCAAAUGUGGUGCUCCUCCUGCUACCUGUAACAGCAAUCCAGCCAUCUUUGGAAAGAACAAGAAGGAAGGUUCCUUGAAUGACUGUUGCAAGACUACCAAGGACUGCUUGGGCGACUGUAUCGAUGGCAAAUGUGGUGCUCCUCCUGCUACCUGUAACAGCAACCCAGCCAUCUUUGGAAAGAACAAGAAGAACGGUGCCUUGAAAGAUUGCUGCAAGACCUCCAAGGACUGCUUGGGCGACUGUAUCGAUGGCAAAUGUGGUGCUCCUCCUGCUACUUGUAACAGCAACCCAGCCAUCUUUGGAAAGAACAAGAAGAACGGUGCCUUGAAAGAUUGCUGCAAGACCUCCAAGGACUGCUUGGGCGACUGUAUCGAUGGCAAAUGUGGUGCUCCUCCUGCUACCUGUAACAGCAACCCAGCCAUCUUUGGAAAGAACAAGAAGAACGGUGCCUUGAAAGAUUGCUGCAAGACCUCCAAGGACUGCUUGGGCGACUGUACCAAUGGCAAAUGCGGUGCUCCUCCUGCUACUUGUAACAACAACCCAGCCAUCUUUGGAAAGAACAAGAAGAACGGUGCCUUGAAAGAUUGCUGCAAGACCUCCAAGGACUGCUUGGGCGACUGUACCAAUGGCAAAUGCGGUGCUCCUCCUACUACUUCUGGAAAAUGUACCAACAAGAGCUACUUUGGAAAGGCAAAUGGUUCUGGACCAAACGGUGUAUGUUGCCGCAAUCAGCGCGACUGCAAGGAAGAUUGCAGAUCCGGUGUAUGCACAAAGUAG